GCCUGCUGGUCUGGAAAAUGAAGAUCUCUUCAGUGGUCAUACUUCUCCUUACUAGAGUGUUCAUUGCCGAAGUGUGCCAGGCCAUCAAUGCCACCAUCACCCCGUCCCCCUUCACGUUGGCCCAGGAGGGCGAGAACGUCACCCUGACCUGCCAGGUGUCCCAGAGACGACGCUCCAGCAGCCUGCCCGUGGUCAAAUGGACCUUCCGGCCCGAGCAUUCUUCCAGCGACGAAGAGCACCUCAUCGCCAAGGUCAACAUGAGAAAGGCCAGGUUCUAUGGGAACUAUACAAAGAGCUUCCCCUGGCCUAAGCUGAAACUGACAGUGGUCAAGCAGGGGAAGAUUUUCGACCUGCUCAUUAUGAACAUCUCAGCGGCGGACCGAGGACUCUACAUAUGCCGCGUGCAGGAGUUCAAGAGGCACCAGAGCCGAUGGAAGGCGUCAACGAACUGCACGGCCGCCACCGAGCUUAGAGUGCAUGUCCGACCAGUGACCAAGGCCAAGGAGAGUCUGUGGAGUCUGUUUGAAGACAUGUACCUGUGCGCUGCGCUGCUCUGCUCUGUGGGACUGGUGUGCAUGUGUAUGUUCACCGUGGUGGUGACCUGCCAAUAUGUACAGAGGAAGAGGUUAAAAGACAGCUACCAUUUGGUCAAGAGCCCUCAGAACAGUUCAGGGGAGACGGUGACCAGUCUAGUCAGUGUGUCUCCUGCCCUGCCCAAAAAGCAGAGGAGGUACAGGAGGAAACGUAGCAAAGAGCAGUCCGAGAUACCACCAGAGAUACCAGCUAAAGCACCCAUUGCAGACAAAAUCCGAAAACCCAAACUUUUAAAGGCGCAGCCGAGGAAAGUGGUCUUACCGAAGAUUGCAGAGGAAAGCCUGACUUAUGCAGAGCUGGAGCUGGUUAAGCCUCUGCCGGACAACAAAGCCUCGUGCACAGGGACUGUAUAUGCCGAGAUCCUCUUUAAGGAGAGGCAAGUGUGAGAAACACACCACUAAUAUCUUUAGGCUGUAGCUCAUGUACAUGUUAUAUUUAUGAUCAGUAUUAUUGUUUCAUAUUGUGUAUUUCAGUCAACGGUGGGAGGUAGUUUUUCUUUACAAAGCCCAAAUAAGACGAGAUACAAAUGUGUUUUCUAUUUUGAAAUUUUGCUUUUUUAUUUUACAUAAGACAUCUUAUAUUCUUAUAUUUUUUAAAUGUUCAACCCAAAUGCCUUGUCCCCCAAAACAUCUGCAUGAUGUCUGUCAUGUUCCGCUAUGUAAUUACUGCAGUACUGCAGCUGCAAAGCUUGACAUUAAGGCAACAAUUAGCCACCUGCCCUCAGGAGAUAAGUUUGUGUUAUCACGCCAGCGCUUUCAACUGGUGCCAAAGUCAACGGGCUCUUGGGACACACUGUCAUCAGCUGUGAUCAGCUGUAAUCAGCUGUGAUGGAGCAGUUUAACAGGCUGCAAACUAAAGGCCUUGUUUGGUUUCACUUGUUUAUAGCACCAGUGUAUACCUCUCACCUGAAGAUUACAUAGCACAUAGCACAUCGUUAAUUAUGGUUGUUUUGUUUGUAGUUUUUAUAAGAACUACGCCAAUGACCAAAUGCCAUAUCGGUAUCUCUCAAGAUCUGUACAACAGCUGAGAUUUGUCGUCUGGUUUUAACUUUUCAGUGAAUUUAAAUGUGUGUAAAAAUGCUUAGUGAAUUUUUUCCGCUGUUUAAUGACCCCUUGGAUUGAACCAUGGAAAAGCGAGCAAAACACCAGGAUUUUCUUUCUCCCCCAGUGAACUUGAAACGCCAGACAUCUAGGCACCAUAACCAUGCCCUCCCCCAUCUCUCUCUCUAUCAUGCAUGCAGAUCUAUAUAUCUAUAAUCCCCAGGGUGGGAUUGUGUAUUGAGACGAAUCCAUGCAGGAAAAACCAAAUCCUUCCCACAUACAUUGACCUCAACGAACCCUAUCUAAAUCUAUCAAUGCAAAUCUACACAAUGACUCAAAGUAAACUUCCCUGGGGUGAGAGAAGCUUUAGAAAACCUUUUUAAACUGUGAAAAAAAAAUAUGAAAGUCUCCUCCAAACCACAUUGGAUUUAAUGGGAGGCCACUGCAUGGACCACUAACUAGAACCAUGUGUGAACGCUGAACUCUGCACUUUUCCUCUGCACUUUGUUUCAAGCAGAGAGUGCCGUCCAUUCCAUUUCGAGCUCCGGUGUUGUUGUUGUUGUUUGUCAUUUGAAUUGACGUACGAGCGUUUGUGUAUGUAAAUGUAUCAUAUGUAUCAUGUGCUGUAUAAACAUCAAGCGCAUAAGGAUGGUCAGUGGUUAUUAAUCACGUGUUGUCCUUGUGCUUUCUCGCAAACCUCCGUAGGAUUUCACAUCAGUGAAAAGUCAAUGGUAAUUCACGACAUGUGACAAGGGAAAAAUGGAAAAUAAACAAGUAGAAGACAAAUUAGAGAUGUUGUGGUUUGACCAUACCUCCAUAUUUGCUUAAUUUUGGGAAAUGGAAGGUGGGGUAAGGAGAGAGAGAGACUAAAUGAGAGUCGUGUGACUAAAUGAGAGUAGUGUGACAGGUCUCCAGAGGGACCAUAGGUAGUGACUUUAAAUACACCCCAAAAAAAGACAACUAUCUGCCUCCCUGGUCUGCACUCAUAUUAAACUACUGAAGUCAUCUAAAAAAAAAUUAUAAUAAAACAUGAUCAGAUCUCGAGUCUCCAGACGUUUCUGAAUUGCAGUGCACAGUAAACCGAGUGUAAAUCAGAGGUCUACCAGUAGCUCGCAGCCCACCUAUGUGUAAAUCGCCAAACAAUUCUGAAAGUACAUGCAAUUUGACAAGUAUCAGACCCCGCAAGCUCCCAGCUACUAUCUAAUCAACGCCACAUUGACAUUAUGCCACCCAUGGUUAGCCACUAUUGUCUCAAAAAGCCAAACCUAACACAAUAUCUGCCAAUUCAUGUACAGUAAUAUUGCCCCUGUCUGUGUGGUGCGCACAUUUUCUAUCACUCUGUGUGUAGCCAGUUGAUGUCAUAUCCAUCUUGUGGGUUGACAGAAAUACUUUCCCCAAAACCUUCUCAAUUAAAUGUUAAUGGCCUACCUGGCAGAAAUA